AUGCUACCACCAGCCAUCAACUUCCCCGCCUGGAUCGCAGAGAACCAGCAUCUCCUCCAGCCGCCCGUGGGCAACAAGUGCCUCUUCAAGGGGGAGAACUUUAUCACUAUGAUUGUUGGCGGGCCCAAUACCCGGGUGGACUUUCACGUGAAUACGACGGAAGAGUGGUUUUAUCAGUAUAAGGGGGGGAUGGUGUUGAAGGUCGUGGAUGAGGGGAAGAUUAGGGAUAUCAAGAUUGGGGAAGGGGAGAUGUACCUCUUGCCUGCAAACACACCUCACUCGCCAAGAAGAGUCAAAGAUACGAUCGGGAUCGUGCUUGAGAUGGUCCGGCCCGGAGAAGCAGUCGACACGAUGCGGUGGUACUGCCCCAACCCCGCACAUGAUGGCGACCUCGUCCUCAUCAAAGAAGUCACCUUCCACUGCUCUGACCUCGAUACUCAGCUCAAGCCGGUCAUCAAUCAGUGGAUGGAGGAUGAGAGCUGGAGGAAGUGCGAGAAGUGCGGUGAGGUCGCGCCGGCCAAGUAG